AUGUUCGUGUUCACCAAAAAAGAUGCGCAGUACUCCGCGCUCAGGUGGGCGGUCGACAAGAUGCACUACGAGUGUCGCGUGAGCGCGACCGCGGAGGAGGCCGUCGAGAACUUCCUCAACGGCCGCCCACACCUGGUUUUCAUCGAUGCGCGGAGCAAGCACACCAUCGACCCCAUAACGCUGUGCAGGACAUUGGGCGGCUACAAGUGGAGUCAGUACGCCUGCAUUGUCGCAGUGGUGAAGAAAGGGUUGGCGGAUAGGGAAGAGGCAGCUAUCAUCCCGCUGCUCAGGGCUGGCUACAAGAGGUGGAUGCUGGAGACGAGCUCGCCCAUCGCGUGCCUCAACGAGAUCGUCCAGAUUGAGCACAACGACCUCGCGCAGUCGUGGAAGCUAAUGGCCUCCGAGGCGCUGUUUUCUGCGUUACACUAUGUGCGGGACGGUGUCAUCAUCACUGGGCCUACGCACGAAAUACAGUUCAUGAACCGCGCGGCCGAGAAACUGGUGGGCUACUCGGUGGAGGAGAUGUUGGGCGAGGACGCCCGAGAACUGCAGCGCAACGAUUCGUUGAAGGGAGACGUGGCCGCCAACAUCAGCGCUCAGCUGGAAAAAGACUGUGCCUGGGAGGGCAGUCUCUUCCAUCGCCGAAAGACGGGCGAGUGCGUGCCGGUCUGGAGCAAGAUCGCGCCCGUGGACAACAGCGCGUCGCCAGGGAAGAAGUUGGACCACGUGGUGUACAUCAAGGAAAGUCCUUUCCUCAUGGAUAAGCCUUUCCCACCAGAGGCCGUGGUACUGAGCCGGAGACAGUCGUUCGCUAAGUACCAUGCAAUGUUAAUUGAAGCCCCCGUCACAAAGGUCGUAAAACUGCUGAUGGCUACGCAAGAGAACUCUGCACCUCCGGUAUCGCAAGCCCUGGAAGGUGUGCUCGACAUCCUUCGCGCCACCGACCUCUACAAUCCGCAGCUGGCCGCUGGGCAAGAAAAGACCGAGGACCAGAUGACCUCCGACCUUGUCGCGGGACUCACUGGGGACGAGCCGAGUGCCCAUCGUUCGCGCAACCGGGCCAAGUCCUUAUGUGCGUGGCGUGCAAACCGGGCGGCGGCGGACGCAGUGAACGUGGUGAAGGCGCCCCCGCACUCCUCCAUGAGCGGCGUGAUGCCCAGUCUGGUCGCGGCGCCGUCCAGGAUCAAGGACCUGCUGGAGGGAGACACCAAGUGGGAGUUCGACAUCCUCGAGCUGGAGUCACUCACGGGACGCAGGCCGCUCAUCUGGCUGGGUCUGUCCAUCUUCGUCAAGAUGAACGUGCCCACCAGCAUCGAGAUCGACGACAGCACCAUCCGCAACUGGCUACAGCUGAUCGAGUCGCACUACCAGGACAAUCCUUAUCACAACUCCACCCACGCAGCAGAUGUAAUGCAAGCCACGGCGUACUUUCUGCUCAGGCUUCGAAAGAAGGACAUAUUCGACCCUCUGGACGAGGCCAUCUGCCUGAUUUCUGCUGUGUUUCACGAUGUCGACCAUCCGGGAAAGUCAAGCCCAUUCCUCUGUAACUCGAACAACGAGCUGGCCAUUCUCUACAACGAUCGGUGCGUGCGCAGCUUCGGAUAG